ACCAAAAUCUGACAAACAACAUGUUAUUAAUUUAAUUAAUUACCUCAUUCAUGAACCUCAUUGUUACAUAAGCAUUUAAUUUCUUAUUGAUCAAUUAGUCCACAACUUCUUUUCAUAAACAAACUCUUUUUCUCAGACUCUCAUGGAAAACAAAGACACCUUAAAAUUUCCACACCAAACUCACAAAAACAACAAUAUUUCUUUGAUCCCUCAUGAAAUAGACAAACCCUAUGAGAACAAAGAAAGAAACACUAUUAAGAAGAUUCCAAAAACAUCAAACAAAGGUCAUCAGAAAAAGUAUCUAGGAGUGAGGCAAAGGCCAUCAGGAAGAUGGAUAGCUGAGAUCAAAGACUCAUCACAGAAACUAAGACUAUGGUUAGGUACUUUUGAUAGAGCAGAAGAUGCUGCUCUGUCAUAUGAUUCUGCUGCAAGGCUUCUUAGAGGAAGAAAUGCCAAAACUAACUUUCCAAAUACUCAUGAACAAGAUUUCAGCAUUUUAGGGAAGAAUCCUAGAGCUUUUCAGCUUCUUAAGCAUGCAAUGAUGAAGAACCAUGCAGUUUCUUCAUCAUCAUCUGUUUAUUCCACUGUCAUGAUGCCAUGGAAAAAUGACCAACUUGACGCGAUUGUUGAAGAAACUAUAGUUUGUUCUAUUCCUGAUGAUGAAGGUUCUACAGCUGCAGGGUGUAGUGGAAUUUCAUUUGGAAAUUCUAAGGUUUAUUCUUCUGUUGUUGUUGCUCCUUCUUUCAGCGCUUCUUAAUUCUCAUUGUUAAUUAAUUAAAUAACCCCUUAAACAAGUAUGUUUUAAGUA